UGAAUAUAAUCUGAAGGAACACUUCAACAUUUUUUUUUCCCCUACCGAAUGCGAUUCUACACGGGCACAAAAGUUUCUUUUUGACAGGGCCAGCCACAAACUCCGGGAAGCCGGUGAACCUUGGUGGUUUUCGCAGCAACAAAGGGCAGGCUGAGAGCAUGGACGCCUCUUUAUCCUCCUGCUCUGUUGUUCCCAGCCACCCUCCCAGCACAACGCCGUGUGCGAGCUGGAGCCGGCUGGGUUAAGGCCGCCUCACAGCAGCCUCGGAGCCAGGGGAAGCAGCGCAGCGAUGCGAGGCGUGUGAGGAUAAAAAGCUUUUGGUUUGGAGCAAGGGACUAAGAAUCACCAGCACGUUGAGAAGCACAAAGCCGCAAGAUGUCGGGCCGCAGCGGGAAGAAGAAAAUGUCCAAACUGUCACGCUCCAGCAGGGCAGGCGUUAUUUUCCCCGUGGGGAGGAUGAUGCGCUACUUGAAGAAAGGAACGUACAAGUACCGGAUAGGUGUCGGAGCACCAGUUUACAUGGCAGCUGUCAUAGAGUAUCUAGCAGCUGAAAUUCUAGAACUAGCAGGAAAUGCAGCAAGAGACAACAAGAAAGGAAGAAUUGCCCCCAGGCACAUCCUCCUGGCAGUAGCAAAUGAUGAGGAGCUGAAUCAGUUGCUAAAAGGUGUGACUAUUGCAAGUGGAGGUGUCCUGCCCAGAAUUCAGCCAGAGCUCCUAGCCAAGAAACGCGGUGCCAAAGGCAAAUCUGAGACUAUCCUCUCCCCGACUCCUGAGAAGAAGGGACGGAAAUCCAUGGUGAGCAAAAAGAGUGGGAAGAAGGCAAAGUCUAACAAGGCCCGGACACCCAAAAAGAAUAAACAAAAGGACAACGAAAAAGAAGGAGCUUCAAAUUCAACAUCUGAAGAUGGACCCGGGGAUGGUUUUACUAUCUUGUCCUCCAAGAGCCUCGUGCCAGGACAAAAGCUUUCUCUGACACAGAGUGACAUCAGCCAUAUUGGCUCCAUGAAAGUAGAAGGCAUCGUUCACCCUACAACUGCUGAAAUAGACCUCAAGGAGGAGAUAGGCAAGGCUUUGGAAAAGGCAGGAGGAAAAGAGUUUUUAGAAACAGUGAAGGAGCUUCGCAAAUCUCAAGGACCUUUGGAAGUUGCUGAAGCUGCGCUUACUCAGUCUAGUGGCCUAGCAGCAAAGUUUGUCAUCCACUGUCACAUCCCUCAGUGGGGCUCAGACAAGUGCGAAGAGCAGCUUGAAGAGACCAUAAAGAAUUGCUUAACAGCUGCAGAAGACAAGAAGUUGAAGUCUGUGGCUUUCCCCCCUUUUCCCAGUGGCAGAAACUGCUUCCCCAAACAGACGGCAGCCCAGGUGACUCUCAGAGCUAUUUCCACCCAUUUUGACGGCACCAGCUCUUCCUCCUUGAAGAACAUUUACUUUCUGCUCUUCGACAGCGAAAGUAUUGGCAUCUAUGUGCAAGAAAUGGCCAAGCUAGACACUAAGUAGCAACGGCAGCCAAAUGAAACUUUAUUUUUCAACAAACUUGAGUAGCAUUAAAAGCAUUAGAGGUGGGUUUUAUUUUUUCAAUGUGGUGAGGAGGGGGAGUGGUAGUAGUGUGAUGUGUUGUGACUUGAUGAAGAGCUGUGACUAGAGGUGAGCGGGGUUUAGUCCGAUUUCUUCAUGCUCUCAGCAUCCUCUAGCCAUUUAUAUCACCUUAAGCAAUUGAGUUGCCAUCUCUUUUCCAGGAGUUUUAGUGUCCCUUGUUACUUUAGUUUAGAAGUUUUUAAAGAGUAACUUCAGUUUAGAUUUGUAGUGAUGAAUUUUUCACACACACACUUUAGAGAAAGCUCUUAAAUAUUCUGCUCCCUUUUCCCCUCCCAUGAGGGUAUAUGUUAAACUUCUGCCUCCAGCCCGCCGGGGGAGGGUGGGGGGGAGGAUUUUGGAAGUGACGCAUGAGGAGCUUCUGUUUUGCUUUUAAUUCACAAUAAUCUCUGUAAUUACUGGGAAUAUUUCAUGUUGAUUUUGUUUGUUUUAUAAGAAAAAAAGAAAAAGA